AUGAAUGGCAAUGGCCGCGUGUCGCCAAGACCUCCUCCGCAGAAGAUGGGCUUUAGCGAGUCUGAAGGUGAUGGCACAUCAUCAUUGGGAGCCUCGACCAGUGUGCGCAGAAGGAACACUGGAUGCUACGGAUGUUGCCGGCGCUGCUGCUUGAAAUUUGUGGACGCGGAGCACCACGACUUGCUCGAACAAGAUAACUCCUGCACGGCUGCUUUUAAGCACUUCUUCAGCGGCCGGUCACUGGACAGGCGAUCAGCCCGCAAGCAAAAGCUCGCUCGAUCCAUUCAUCUGCAAGGACGCCUCCGAGAGGCAGCGGGAGAGAUGGAUCCCAGCGAUCUUGGCAUGCUUGAGGGGGCUGUUUCUGGAUUGGCCGUGGAAGACCAGAUGGAUUCCUGGCCGAUCUUCAUAGUCCUUCAAUCCCUCGCGGCAGUGACCCUCUGGGUGGUCUUCGCUUCGCAGGAUGAAGCUGGGUUUGAGCAAGCUCUGGCCGGCUUGGAGUCCUUGGCUACGGGUUGGACAACGAUGCUGACCCACAGGGAUUGCACAGACUUGCGCUGGGAAGCCUGGAGAUGGCUUUCGUACCAGUACACCCAUUCCGGAGUCUGGCACAUCGGCUUCAACACGUUGCUGGUUCUUGUCGUCGGAAUCCGGCUGGAAAUGUACCACGGUCACUUCAGAACUUUCUUGGUCUUCAAUUUGGGCGUUGUGUGCGCUGCGCUGAACUUUGCCGUGACAGACGGGCACGCAGAGUUGGUCGGAAUGUCUGGUGGCGCCUAUGCACUGAUGGGCAUGACGUUUGGGUCACUGAUGCUGAAUUGGUCUGAUACCCGCUACCGACGUCCAGAGCUGGCCAUCCUCCUUAUCCUUUUCGCGAUGGAUGUGGGAAUGGCCUACUGGCAAAGCGUCAGCAGCGAAGAAAAUAGUACGAGUCAUUCGGCACAUUUUGGAGGAUACCUCUCCGGCUUCAUCUUGGGAAUAGUUGUGGGGCGAAAUCUGGACGAGGAGGAAGCUGCAGAGCAUGCGGCGACGUUGAAGUGCGAGAGACGUGUGCAACGAGUCAUGCUUCUGUUGGGUUGCUUG